GCGCCGUGCAAUAAUGCACUGUUUCCGCGCGCGUUGAGAGAGAUUUGUUGCACACUUCUCCCUUCUGAGGACUGGCACUUCUGAGCUGCUACCCGAUGCACCUCGCACUGAGCGGGGACGAGUGGAUUGCAUGCGUCGUAGACAGGUACCCCAAGCAGUUGCAGGGCCUGUCGGGCUACGUAUACGUGCCCGCCACUGUUAUGUUCGCGGCGAUGCUGUUCGGGGGUACCUUGCUGGAGCGCAAGAUUAUCUCUGGCUUGCAGUUCGCCCAGAUUUUCGGCGGGGGCGUCGGCGUAGUGAUUCUCACAACGGUGCUCAGCCAGGAGCUCCAUAUCCCUUUUGUAUCGACGCAGAGAAUAAUAUUGCCGUGCCCGGAGGCUGAGCCGGGCUCUCUGCUCGACGUCAUUGUCCGACGGUUCGACACGAGCAUCCUGGCGCAGACUGUGCUGGGGCUCGUGGGGGCAUGGCCUCCUUCGUCAGCGCAGUGAGGUUGCCGCGCUCGUUGCGCCGGUGGAGGGAGACGUUGGCACGUGGUGAGGCCGCGGCUGCGUCUCGGAGGCAGCACGCUGAGAUAAGGGAGCGCCCGGCACGUAGUGUGCGAAUCUGAUCCGUGCCUCGAACGAGCUUCUAAUGCUUUGGGUGGAUCCCGAGGCAGUCCGUCAUGCUUCUUUUUUGUUCCAGCUGCGUUCUGCUCUCCAAUCCUCCAUUUCGGCAUGUGCAGUCGUGAUGUGUCAUGGGACGCCGACAUCCCAUCUUAGAGGCCAUUUGCGCGUGGCCUUAUGUCUUCAUGUCUCCGCUUGGGUGACACAUUCAUCUUUCCAGCUGCCUACGGCAACUUUCGCCAACGUGACAGUGCAGCUCUCUGUGUGGCGACGCCCAAAAUAACAUGUGACACAUGUCAUCUCUAAUCCUGGAGGGGCUCUCCUGGGUUUCCCUGGCCGAGUUUAGAGCGAACACCCGCUGCAACCGGAGAGCCGGCCGAGAUCGGCGGGCCGAGUUCAGCAUGGGCCGAGUUCAGUUUGGCCCGGUUUCCCUCCCGCCGCGAGUUCUUUGGCCGGGUUCCUCCGACCGAGUCCUGCGUGGGCCCAGUUUGUCUGGCCGAGUUUUUUCGAGCCGAGACUGUCUAGCCGAGUUUUUCCGGCCCGGUUUACCUGGCCGAGCUCGGCCGGCCGAGUCUCGCGUUUCGCGCGCCGAGUUUCGCGCGCGCACGGCUCCCAAGAGGCGAGCUUGACCAAAGCAGAUGUGGCAGGCGAGCCUUUGUUCGAACAAGCGCAGCCUGCACGAGCAAACCGAAGAGACAGUACCAUCAUUCGAGUAGACUGGAUUUCAGCAUUGCUGCGCGCAGGUCCGCCACGAG